AUGGAGAUGAACCAAUUAUUGUCGCCACAAACCACCUGCACACACGGAGAUAGAACCAGAGCAACAUCAGCGUAUGAACGGCAGCAACAGUCUAAGCAGGCGGUGGAAUGCAACCAUACAGAACAGAUCAUACGAGCAGAUGGCGGAACAGCGAUGGCACAGUACCGGAUGAAGAGCAAACUGCAUACCACAGUGUUAUGGUUGGUAUUGCUGCAGCUGCUGCCGCUCCCAUACGUGCAGGUUGGCUUAACGUUGGCCAAAACGCAAACAAGACAAUCGUGCGAUAAAACGCGACGCAUCUUCACUCAAUCGUACGGUGAAAUCAGCGACGGACCGGCCGGUUCUAAUUACACACAGGAUUCUCACUGCGAGUGGCUGAUAAGGGCGCAUAAUGAUAGUCAAUUUAUAACGCUCAAAUUUCGCAGCAUGGGCACCGAGUGCUCGUACGAUUACAUCUUCAUCUACGAUGGUGACUCGUUCCGGUCACCACUGUUGGGUAGCUUUAGUGGCAAUACGGAACCACAGCACGUGAUCGCUAGCUCUGGUAGUAUGCUCAUUUUGCUAUACAGCGACACUAAUUACGUGCUGGAAGGCUUUCGGGCAGAGUUUUCUGUUACGAACUGUCCCAACAACUGCACCGGGAAUGGACGAUGCGUUGAGCAUGCGUGUGCUUGUGAUCGUGGAUGGAUCGGAUACGAUUGUAGCUUGGAUGCGUGCCCGCGCCGGUGUGGAGAGGCCGAAGGUCGGGGGACGUGUGCGAGUGAUCGCUGUGAAUGCUCAAAAGACUACGUGGGCCAAGCGUGUGGUCUUCACCGCUCAACUCCCACUCCGAGGGAGUGGCACUGGAUAUCCAACUCUAAAAAUGGAUUACCACCAAGGGCCGCCCAUACAGCCGUCUACUACGAACCAUCCGACGCUCUGUACGUGUUCGGUGGAUACAAUCUGAACGAAGUGUUUGACAGUUUGUACGUAUUCCGAUUCGAGGGAAACCACUGGGAGGAUGAGUGGGGCAUCCGGGUCGAUCAGAACCACACCGAACCAUCUUCCGAGGAGGAAAAGUUUUUCCGCCGGACACAGUUUCUCGAGGAAGAGUCGGAACGUUUGUCACGAGCCGAGCCAAAUUUCCUGAGCAAUGUCAUAUACACGCUUGCGGACAAUCGAACCGGUAGCAUCGGGUACGGUGAAGGACUUUCGAACGGAACACGCCCAGCUGGACGGUAUGGACAUGCUGCUGCUGCCGUUGGCGAUGGGUUUGUUAUUUUCGGUGGAAAGUUAGGAAUCAAUGGCGACCUGGCGAAUGAUCUCUGGCUGUAUAAUGUGUCGCACAAUGGUGGGACUUGGUUCGAGCGUGCUACGGAUUCAGCUGUUCGACCACCAGCUCUAACGCGGCAUACUUUAACGCCUGCCGGGGAGUAUCUUUACGUGUUCGGUGGUGCAAUGGAAGAUGGAGAGUUCUCAUCGAAACUGUUCCGGAUACGACUCGUGCCGGAUGCACCGGAAGCGGAUCAAUGGGAAGAAGUAGUCCCACGGGGUGGAAAAUCGCUAGAUGUGCGUAUGGUCGCACACACAACUUCGUACCAGCGCGCAACGAACUCUCUCAUCGUGUACGGUGGAUUGUUAGCGAAUGUGGCCCGUUUUUCACGUCUAUCAGAGAGGAUGUUCGCAUUUCAACUUGAUCACAAGCAUUGGGCAGAGCUGCAGUAUCCCCGGACCGCCCUGCACGAUGGAUAUGCGCCACGGGAACGUGCUUUCCACACGACCAAUAUUAUUGGCAAUUAUCUGAUCGUUUUUGGUGGUUAUUCGCACAAACACAAUAAGGAGGAAAUAUGUUACGAUAAUCAGAUGUAUCUGUACCAUCUCGGAUGUCACAGUUGGGUUAAUCCGGAAGUGCUUGGACCUGGGACGGGUAGUAAAUACCGCUAUCCGAAGAAGCAGGGCGUAUUUGCUCAUGCGGCUGCUGUGCGGAAAGGAAACACACUGCUCGUUGUUGGUGGUUACCAUGGCAAUGUGAAUGGCGAUUUGCUGGCCUACUCGCUGCCGCUUAUGCUGGUGGUGCACGAUGAUGUGAUGUAUGCACCGGAAGCGGCCUGUCCUCGGCAUACGUCGUUUAACGAGUGUUUGGCCGAUUUGGAGUGUGGUUGGUGUUCGGCGGAUAGUGUGUGCUAUGGAAGAACGAUCGGUGCGAACUGUACUACGAAUCUGCAGACAACACGCUGUAAGGGAAUUUGUUCCGUGUUGGGUGACUGUCAUUCGUGCCUUGUUCACGGAACAUCAACGCUAGACGAAGAAGAUGGAGAAGUAACCCGCAAAGGAGGCAAACUGCAACACAUGCAAUCUAUAGCGCACAAGCUAGGUCUCGAUCGUUGUACUUGGUGCGUGCAGAAUGCUCGCUGUCAUCACAAGGACGACAACUAUGGCGUAUGUGGCGAGGACACACCAUCCCAAAAGCCUGGAUGGUGGGGUUCUAAAGGCACGGAAGUUACGAAACCGAGCGAAUGCACGGCACAAGAUAAACGGCCCGGACUAACCUUCCUGAAGUAUCUUUAUCCGAUGAACAUUUCCAUGCCGGAUGCGGUGAUGAUCGUGAACGCUACAAUGGCGGACUUUACAUCACCACCAACAAACACCCCAACGGAACAGCAGCUCGGUGGACAGGUUGUGGCCCGGUUGCUUGGUUUUAUACGCUUCCCACAAAUUACGGAUCAUUCGAUUGCACUACUAAAACCGUGCGUUAGCCAUGCCGAUGGGGUUCUUCGUACAGUGCGUGUAUCGACUGCGGUACAGCGGAAAAGUGAUGCGAGUUGGUCGAGCUCUCCCCUAACUACGCUCGACAUGGACACGCUGGUGACGACAAACAUAACUGCGAACGAUAGUGUUUGCGAGAUCGUAAAGUGGAACGAUCGGGCAAAUAUUUUAGUGGACUUCCAGGCACAAAGAAACAAUCGUAUCGGCGGAUAUUUCGGUGGAUCCGGUGGGCAUCAUCAUCAUCAUCAUCACGGACAUUAUGCGGAUUUAAGUAAAAUGAGUCUACAACACUUUUACGGUAGUGUACUGCAAGCGUUCACAUUCGAAUUUCUCGAACCCUACUCGAACGGUACGGAUUGUGGUUCGUACGGUAACUGUCUCGAAUGCUUGUCGGAUUCGGCGUGCGGUUGGUGUGAACUUACAAAUGGUUGUUUAUCACGCCGAGCAAACGAACCGGAAGCUUGUCGCCGGGGGACGAACUGGCGCUAUCUAACCAUCCAACCGGCACACUGCUCGAAUUGCUCAAACUUUGUAUCCUGCGAGCAGUGUAUCGGCCAUUCGGUGAACCAGUGCGAAUGGUGGACGGAAGAUGCAACGUGCGCGAGAAGAGGACGUUCGGAUAUUGCUGUAAGAACACUCGAUCGCUGCCCGAUUCCAUGCUACCAGCGAACGGAUUGUUCCGCGUGCUUGAAUGACCGUGGUCGGUGUGUUUGGUGUGAAGCCACCAGCCAGUGUUUUUCCUUCUCGGUGUACACGAGCGAGUAUCAGUUCGGGAUGUGCCGGGAGUGGCUUGAUCAAACGCUUCCAAUUACCGUUCCGCCGGUGAUCGAGCAGGAUGGAACGGGUGUUCCGAUGGUGCAGCAGUGUAAAUCGUGUGCAAGUCAUCAGAAUUGUUCGUUUUGUCUACGAUCACUCAGUUGUGGUUGGUGUUACGAUACGGACAAUCCAAUUAAUGGAGUUUGUAUGCAAGGUGACUUCAACCGAUCAACGCAAGGACUGUGCGGCAGUGGACAAAUGCUUCUGCUGGGAUCAUCGAACACGACGGAUGAACCGGUACGAACGAGCUGGGCCUACGCGCAGUGUCCGGAUGUGGAUGAGUGUGAGCUGCGACUGCACGACUGUCACGAACAGGCCGAAUGUAGCAAUACACACGGCUCGUAUAGCUGCAAAUGUCGCAAGGGUUUCGUCGGCGAUGGUAUCCGCAACUGUCAGCAAACGUGUUACGAGCCGUGCAUACAUGGACGCUGCUCUGGGGCUCCUGACUUCCAAUGUCUUUGUCAUCUGGGAUGGACUGGAAUCGGUUGCAGUGUAAACUGUGCAUGCAAUAACCAUUCUACGUGUCUGCAGGGUGUUGGCAAAUGUGAUCGGUGUCUUAACUGGACAGAGGGUGAGUUUUGUGAGCGUUGCAGUCCGGGAAGUUUCGGUAAUGCGACGACCGAUGCUGGCUGUCAGCGGUGCAAUUGUAAUGGACAUGGAAAUGUCGCUCUCGGGAUCUGUGAUGCGAAGACAGGGGAGUGCUACUGUCAGGAUUACACUGAGGGAUUAAGGUGUGAGGUUUGCAAUCGGAACUUUUACGGAGAUCCAAAAGAUGGUGGUCAGUGCUAUCAUCAGUGUGCUUCGCGCGGUGUAUUGACGCAGGUUGGUACGCAAGGACUCGGUUCGUUUCAAUCGUAUCGAUCAAGCUGGAGUGGACAGGAAACACGUGAAUGUUUGUGGAUCGUGAGUCCGCAGGGACGUGGAGAAAGUGGGGGUGCUGUUGGGACUGUAUCAACGGAAUUGCGGAACGCGAUCAUACAGAUCGAGAUCGAACCGGAGCGAAUGAAUGUAACCUGUGGAGAAAAUGCGGUCUAUGUGUAUGAUGGACUUCCCGAUCUUACUGGUGUUGCACAACAGAAGCAACUGAUCGCGGUAUUUUGCAGCGAAGAACGUGGUUCUUGGAUUGCGGAAGCACGCUCAGGACAUUUAACUGUACACUUCAAGAAAGGACCAUCUCCUGAACAAGGAUUCAAUGCGAUCUACUCCGUGCUGAGUUGUGCUGCGGCUAGCUGCCAACGACCGUACCUCUGUUCCGAUGAUGGACGUUGCUUGUGUCCGAAAGGUUUUACGGGACCUCGGUGUAUGAUGCGAAUCUGUCCAUCGGAUUGCAAUGAGGAAAGUAAGCGUGGCACCUGUGACAAUGCUUACGGACGGUGUAUCUGUGCAGCCGGUUACGGUGGAGACGAUUGUUCGCUGAUGGUGAAACCUUCCAGUGUGGUGUUUACGGAGCUGUUCAAUUCGUAUCUGGUGUCGGAAAGUUUCGAACAUCUGCGGAAAACGCUACCCCGGUUUGGCCAUUCGCUGGUGGCUGAUCGUCGAGGAUCGCUGUGGAUGUUUGGUGGUUACUCGCUGUCGCAUGGACCGCUGAACGAUAUACGACAAUUUGACACGAAGAACAACACAUGGAUGCAGGUAACCGUUGACUCCAGCCCGGAGGAUCGUAUGCCGCAAGGACGGUACUACCAUGCAGCAGAAAUCAUUGGCAGUCGACAGGCGAUCUACGUAUACGGCGGGCUCUCACGCAACGGAACACUGGACGAUCUGUGGCAGUUUGGCCUACAGACUCAGCGCUGGAGCUUGGUAGUGCCACAAAACGAUACACGUCCACCAGCACUUGCCGGACACACGCUAACAGCUGUUGGGCGUGAAGAAUUAUUGCUUCUGAUAGGAGGCUACUCCAUUGACCGAGGACUGCAAGGGCUAGUUUGGUUGUUUAAUCUUGCCACAACUAGCUGGUCGGUGGUUACGACACACGGAUCAUCGCCGGGUGGAAUUUACGGUCACACGGCAGUAUACCAUUUACCAAGCUCGGCCGUGUACGUAUACGGUGGAGUACGCAAGAUGCAGGAUGGUAGCAAAUCCGUUGUAUCAAAACGUUUGUACGCCUUCAGCAUUCCUACGCGCCGUUGGACGGAACUGCCAUCUUUCAACUUCCAAGAUGUAGCUGAGUAUGUGCCACCGGGACGCUACCUUCAUUCGGCAGUUGCAACCGAACACUAUAUGCUGGUGUUUGGUGGACGAGCCGCUAGGAACGGUACGGUGUCGCUGGCCCGCGAAGAAGUAAUGGUUGCGUAUGUUUACCGGUGCAAUCAGUGGAUCCGUUUGGCGAAGGAUGCGGAAAAGGUUGGUGGAAGCUACGGAAUUACGUACGCCCAAGCGAUGGCACAGGAUCCGGAAGGUGGUUCAAUCUACGUGGUAGCCGGCUGGGAUGGUAGCAAUCAUUGUCGGGUAAUGCGUAUCGAUCUACCGAUGGAUAUAUGUGAUCUGUGGAGUGGUUCGAAGUACAAUUGCAGGCAGUACUCCGGGUGUAGCUUCUGCUCGGUGAAAGGCAUCCCAGGCGAAAUGACUUCACACUGCUUCUCGGCUGGUGGAUCGUACCAUGCCUGUGAAGGGUAUAAUGGAACGAUCUCCUUCAAUAGUGGAGCUUCGUGUGAUGAAAAGUGGAUCAGUGUGAGAGAUUGUACUUCGUUUGACACCUGUUCGGCGUGUUUGGCGAGCUAUCCAUGGCACGGUGAGACCGAAUCGCCGUGCAAAUGGUGCCCGGAUUGUCAUCCAGUUUUUAGCUGCGUCGGACGAUCGGCAGACUGUGGUACGCACAGUGGAUGUUCCGCUAAUCAGACGGCAUUAACCGCGCAGGACGAAUGUCCUGGGUUGCCGGGAAAAGGAUGUGUGGCGGAUGAUUGUGAAAGUUGCGAAGCUUUGGCGGGAUGUCGUUGGGAGGUGGAACCAGGCGGAGCAAGGUAUCGCUGUCGGGAAGUGGCUGCAGUGGAUGAAGUUGAGACGAAGAAUGAAACUCGAGUGGCUUCGAGCUGUCCAUUGCCUUGCAGUGCGUUCAAGAAUUGUAGUUCGUGUGUGAGACAUGCCAGUCAAUCAUCAGAGUGUCUGUGGUCAACGCAGCUGAACGAGUGCAUUGCACCGAUGUUCCAACCGUUGUACUGUUCGGGUGGGAUCUGUGGCUUGGUGGUGCGUCCGAACGAUCCUCAACACUGUCCGGAACCGUGCGCUAGCUUUACGCAAUGUUCCAGCUGUCUGCGCCACGCAUACUGCGGAUGGUGCUCCAAGAACGGUACGGAUGGUGAUGGUGUUUGUACGGAAGGUUCUGUCGAUGGUCCGGCAAAUCAUCCAGCAGGAUCGACCUGUGCCGCAAUCUACCAAACGCGCAGCAAAACACCUGCCAAUGCGACGGAACCAUUCGGGUGGAAUUACUUCAAGUGUCCUCCUGAGAAUGAGUGUGCGAACGGGCAUCACAACUGCAACGCGAAGUCGCAACGCUGUGUUGAUCAUCUCCAUGGAUACGAGUGUGUUUGUGCUCCGGGAUACAACUCGUCGAGCCUUGGUGGAGGUGGCACCUGUGUGCCUGUUUGUAGUCAAGGCUGUGUACGUGGACUGUGUACCGAGCCGGAUGUGUGCAGAUGCGACUUUGGUUAUGUCGGUGCGAACUGUAGUAUCCAGUGUCAGUGCAACGGUCACUCGAACUGUUCCGGAGCGGAUCAGCUCGAUCAGUGUGGCCACUGUCACAACAACACGAUGGGUCCACAGUGUGACAAAUGUUUACCGUUUUACGUUGGUGAUCCACGGAACGGUGGAUCGUGCGUACCUUGCCUGCAGUACUGUAACGGACAGACGGAUCUCUGUAUCGCACGGGAUGAGGAAGCGAUGUUGCGGAAUAUGUCCCGGCAGAAUUUGAAACGGAUGGUAACGGAAGGUCCAAUGGCAGAUGCGAUCUGUCUCGGGUGUGGGAACUACACGGAUGGUGAACAGUGUGAGACUUGCGUACCAGGCUAUUUCCGAAAAUCGGCCACACCUGGGAAGGCAUGUUCGCCGUGCGAGUGUAACGGGCAUGGUGAUAUGUGUGAUCCGAUGACGGGCGAGAAGUGUAACUGUGGCAAUAAUACCGAGAGUGAUAAUACCUGCUCAUCGAAGGGCAAAAACCAUGCGUUCAACUGUUGGUCGUUGCAGUGCACAAAGUGCCGUGACUCUUACUCCGGCCAUCCAAAUAAUGGACAUCAGUGUUACAAGCACAUUACGGUGGAGUCACGCAUGUGCUUUGACGCAAAAACGAUUGACGAAUGUAAAAUCAAACCACAGCCCCUGAAACCCGGCCAGACGGUGUUCUUCGUCAUCCAGCCGCGCUACAUGAACGUCGACAUCCGCUUCAUCGUGGACGUAACGCAGGGCGAGCUCGAUUUCUACAUGAGCCCCACGGACGAGUCGUUUAUCGUGCAGACGAACGCCACCACAGGCCACCACGAUAUCCUGCUCGAUAACCGUUAUGUUUGGUUCCAGAAACAAUCCAAAGUGUUCCGCUGGAAGACUGCUUCCUCCAUACCUCCCCAUGAAGAACUGCAUCCAUUAAACAUUCAAGCAUACGAGACGUACCCAAGCCUCGGACGUACCCAGAUAACUGGGGAGAAAAAUUCUCCCGUCUGUGGCGGUCUUCUGAACGAUGAUUUCUACGUAAACGAUCGUACGGCGAGCGAUCUCAUAACGUACGUAACGCUGCGUCAAUGCAAAUCUCUGCUGCGUGUGUUCGGUCUGAAAAAUCGGCUGGUCGUCACGCUGCCCCACACGGUGCACGCCCUCGGACAGACGAAGUUCUACAUCGCAUUGCGCGCCCGGCCCGGAUCGACGGCCAGCUACGGGUUGGUGUUUUUCCGCCAGGAUCAACUCCACAUCCAUCUGUUUGUAUUUUUCUCCGUCUUUUUCUCGUGCUUUUUCCUGUUUCUUGCAAUCUGUGUACUGGCGUGGAAAGCGAAACAGGCAGCCGAUAUGCGAAGGGCUCGCCGGCGCCAUGUCGUCGAGAUGCUGCACAUGGCAAAGCGUCCCUUCGGUCGGGUGAAUCUUUCACUCGAAAGCCCAUCGGUGGAAGCGGUAACCAUUACACCGGCACCGCACAGAAAACGUGGCCGUACUUCGAAACAUUCCACCAGUGGUUCCAGUGGUGGUAGUGGUGCGAUCAACGCACAACACGCUCAUCAUCAUCAUCACCAUCAUCAUCAUCAUCAUCAUCAGCAACAGCAGCAGCAUCAGUCACACCAUCAUAAUCAUCAUCAUCAACCGGAUAUAGGUCCCAUAGCGUUAGAACCAACGGCGGAUAAUUAUGCCGCUGUUGGUACAGUGUUCGUACGGUUACCCGGCAAGCAAAAGUCACAGAUAACGCUUGCGCUUGCCUCGGCACUGAUCGUUAAUGGGCGAUCGACCGGUGGCAGCUAUCCGUCCCAUUCGCGUGCGGCUGGCAGUGGUGGACAUCAUCGACGGCGUAGUUCACCCGGUGGUGGAAGCGUUUGUCAUGCUUCACCACGACAGCAUCCGCUACAUUAUUACAAUCAACAGCAGCAGCAGCAACAACAACAACAACAACAACAACAACAACAACAGCAGGCUCAACAACAUCAUCCAGAACCUGCCGAUGUGGUUGGACCGCUAGCAGAACGGCAACCAUUUAUCGAGGUGCACCAUCAUGAACAGGUUCCGCUGCAGCCGCUUGCACCGAACCGCGAGCGGCAGUAAA